CAGGGAGCAGAUAAAAAAUGGACUGAGCAGAGAGGAGACGUCCAAACUGAGGAGCAGAGAAGAAAAACAGUCUGCAGGAGGACGAGGAACGAGCCCGCACUGAAAGACAAGAGAAGGAGGUCUGGAAAAAGAGGAGGACGAGGAGAGGAGGAGGCACCAAACCACCCACAGAGAGAAACCCUCCUCACACACUCACGCUCUGUAUUCAUGUGUGUGUUCACAGCUCUGACUCACUGACGACGGAAAAUUCACUCUGAACACAGAAAAACCAGCAGGAGAGAGACUGAGAGGCUGCAGGAACCGGGCCGGAGACGCUACAGACAGACACCAGACAGACACAGACACUACAGACAUUUACACAGGACGUGUUAAAGGACAUCACGUGAACUUCAACCGGAGAUUCAGACGAAGGCCACACUGAAAAACCACCAGACGAACUGAAAUCAGCAGGAACCUGAUGCAACAGGAGCACACCUACAGAGGUGCAUCAUGGGAGCAUCUUAAGUCAAUAAGGACACAGACCUGAACGCCUUUGUCCUCUGGUUCCACCUCCACUACACCCACCCAGCAUGUUGUCCAGGUUAUCCCAGGGAAGGAGCUCUCUGGGUGGGGCAGGAGGGCUGCUGCUGCUCCCUAUGUUCCGGGGACUGAUGACGAUGAUGUUGAUGAUGAUGAUGAUGAUGAUGAUGACGGUGGCAGUUGUGGAGGCAGCGAGCGUCGAUGACUUGGAAAGCGAAGAGAGUCAACAGAUCCUGGCUGAGGACGAGGAGGUCAGCGCUGAGAUCCAGGAGCCGCUGUCCUCUGAUCAGUCCAGAGUAACUCCUCUCAGCUCCUGGCUGAUCUUUCGCAGAAACUCCAACAAGGGGGACAACCGGAGAACCAAAGGGUCCAGGAGAACCUCCAAGCACGGUCUCCCAGGCCCUCCAGGACCUCCAGGCCCCCAGGGACCUCCCGGGCCCCCCGCCCCACUCCUCCCCCAGCAACAGGAGCUCAUCCAAGAACUGCAGAUAAAACUGAGAGACAUGGCAGGAGGAGUGUGUCUGCUGUGUGAUCGUCCUCCUCGUGUCUCCACCUCCUUCUUCAGUCGCCUCCUGCAGCCCGUCUCCAUCCCACGCCGCAGUCUGCUGGAGCUGCAGCCGUUCAGCAAGCCCUCAGACUCCGAGCGGAGCCUCCAGAGGGGACAGAGCUUCAACACCAGCACCGGCCGAUACACAGCACCUGUCUCUGGCUUCUACCAGCUCACUGCCAGCCUGCUGAUAGAGUCUGGUGACAGAGUUCAGGUCCGGCUCAGAGACAGUGUGAGAGCAGCGAUCUGCAUCGAGUCGCUCUGUCAAAGCAACCUCUCUGUAGAGUCAGUGAUGGGCGUGGUGGCUGCUGGAGGAACAUUCAGCAUCCUGCUGACAGGAACCCUCUACCUACAGGUACGACACACAGCAGCGCAGCAGGAAAACAACACACAGGAAGUCGUAUGUCGCUCAGAGCUCAACACAUCUUAUCAAAACCCCAAACACAGACAGUGCUGCGACUAUCCACACUGUUCCCAGACGGGGGAGUACGUCUCCGUGUUUGUGGACAACGCCACCGGCUCGGCCAUCAGCGUCCUGCAGGACUCUCUGUUCUCUGGAAUACUGCUGGGAGUCUGAACGUCCGCCUGACAUCAUCACAUCAUCCGGUUUCCUCUGACUCCUCAGAGAAACACUGCGCAGCAUCAUGGGCUCAGAGACUGGAACAGACCGGUGGCACUGAUGAUCCGGACCCAUCCCCACCUGCACCAUGUGAGACCCACAGACCUGAGACCUGCAGCAGGACAGCAGGGCCUUACAGACCCGAUAAGACCAAAUAUAGUUUGGACGUGGCCUUACUUUCAGACAGCAGCUGUGAGUUAGCAUGGACCCGCGCAGGCCUGUAGCUCACACCAUCAGUUAGCUGAUGUAACGGCUGUGACAAUAAAUGAGAGUCUGUGUGUGCGGUACCACCUGAGACCUGGAGGACUCAGGACAAACCAGAUGACAUCACGUCAUGAACCUCUGCCAUUCGCAUCUCGAUCACACAACCAGACACACCCCUCUUCCUCCCCCUGUUUCCUGUCUGCCUCUUCACUGCUGACUGUCCUUUAAAGGCACAACUGCCAAGAAAACAAUCUUUCUGGUUUCAUUUUGCAAUGAAAGGAACAUUUACGGCCAGAGAGCUCAACUACUGCAGACUGAAAUGUGAAAGUGUGCAGGGUGUUGACACACUUUUUCCAGGACUCGCGGACGUGCUAACAAAGAGGCCUGUGUCGAACACCAACAGUGCCAUCGGACGAAAGCCUCAUUCACAUUAAAGAUCCCAGGUCUGGAUCUCUGGGCAAGGCUGACGUCUGAAUCUGUCCUGUUAGUCCAGACAGACACGUAGGACUCUCAGGUCUUUUCUAGACCGUCACUGAACAGAGAACACUGCCAAAGACCAUGUUCACAUAGUUUUGGACCAUAAGUUGCCGUCUGUGGACGAGACUCAAACAAAAACUCUCUGUCUGGCUCACAGGCAUCGAACCAACAUGGAUGUUUGGGGUCACCACUCGAGUCAGAGCUGAAACCACAACCAUGAUCUGUACAUAGCAGUAAUUUUCGAGAUGAUCUCUGAGACUCACGUCAGAGCCGUGUGAGGUUCUCACACACAGCAGCAGUGUUUUUCUGUACAGACAGAUUUAUGAUGUAUGAUGUCAGUCCUCUUUUACUUUAUUAUUUAUUCUCUGGAUGUGAUAAAGACGUUGUGAAUAACUCUGAUAAUAAACCUUUCUACUCUC